CCGACCGGAGCCAGUUUAGUUGAACGAGAUCCUUCCGGCAGUUCGGACGCGCGCUCCCGUCUGCUGCGAAAACCACUCGCUGGAGGUUCGGUGUUUCUAGUUUGUGCGAAGGGAUUUUUCUCCCCAUCUCACCCGUUUGCUGGACAGUGUGUGCAGUGACAAUAUUGAUUAAGUGAUAUUAUAUGAUUAAAACUUGGUGCAAAAUAGUAAAAGAGAGAUACGAUAGUUCUGUUCUUUGAAAGCUAAUUCGCUCAACUGCAGUGAAGUGCAUGAGCUAGUGUGUGUAUGUGUUAGUGAAUGUGUGUGUGUGGGUGUACGGGUGUGUCAGUUUAGUAUGGAAAUAGCGAGUGUGAUGGAUAACAUGAUGAAAACCAGCAUGGGACUUCACGACGACCGAUCGAGUCGAAACAGUAACAGCAGCAGUUCCGGUUCCCCCACAGUAGUGCACGAGAAAAAGAAAAUGCUAGAUAUAACGCGAGACAGACCCAUCAAAAUAGCAGUGCGAGUACAAGUCCCGGUUCGAGAUCAUCCAAAGUUCAACUUUGUCGGCAAACUGCUUGGCCCGAAGGGAAACUCGCUCAAACGACUGCAGGAAGAAACGAUGUGCAAAAUGGCUGUCCUGGGCAAGGGAUCGAUGCGCGACCGAAAGAAGGAAGAGGAGCUGCGGCUCAGCGGUGAUCCCCGGUACGCCCAUCUGUCCGAGGAUCUGCACGUGGAAAUCUCAACCUACACCGCACCGGCGGAAGCGCACGCUCGUAUCGCGUAUGCCCUGGCGGAAGUGCGCCGGUUUCUGGUUCCGGACUACCACGAUGACAUACGACAGGAGCAAAUGUGGGAAAUGCAGGCAUUAAAUUCACAAAACGCAACCUGUAAUCUAGGCUCAGCGCACGAUAACACACUCAACGGGGGCAAUGGGCUCACCGCCAACGGCAUGAGCAUUAGCAGCAGCGGAAGCAGCUGCAGCACCGGAAGCACCGGAAGCACCACGAACGGAACCAUGCCAACGAACGGUGGUCCGCUCAGCAAUGGGACGGGGCUGAACGGUGUGGUCAGCGCUGCCCAGGUCGUCCCGAACGGUGUGGCCGGGCUGGGAACCGGAACUAAUCCCUCGGCGUCGGUCCCGGGCGUUGGUUCUGAGCUGAGCACAAACGGCAGCACGCAACCAUCGUCCGUCGUGUCGGAACUGCAGCAUGUGACGAGCUCGCUGACGCACCACCAACACCACCAUAGUCAGCAGCAGCAGCAGCAGCAACACUCACAACAGCAGCAACAGCAUCAGUCUCAGCACCAUCAGCAGCAACAGCAACAACAACAGCAGCAGCAGCAGCAGCAACACCAACAAUCGCAGAACCAGUUCCUGUCGAACGAUCCGGACAUAGGCAGCCUCUUGCAACCGAUGGACGUGAACAUGGCGUCUGCGAAUCAUUUUGUGAAUUCCAUACCUACGAGUGACCUGGAAGCGCAAACGUUGGCGUUCGUCGAAUCGGCCAAUGCAUUCCUGCAUCCGGCAUUGCGCGGCGUGAAAGCGGUUAGCUUAGUUUCUACUAAUCAUUGUGCUAGUCACAAUGCCACUGGCAUCAUUAAAACACAGCAACACACCCAGGAAUACCACAAACCAUUGCCACCAUCCAGGAAUACAUGUACCAGAUCGACGACACAGCGGUUUCACAUUGCGAAUACACAAAUUACAUGAAAUAACAAAGCCGUAAGUAAAGCAUUAUAUUUAAACAAAAGAACCCAAAGCCAUACAAAGACGCGAGUUAAACGGCUAUUAUGUUAAGUUUUCAAAGUGACAUUAUAUCAUGCAAUAUCAGUUGACCAAGGACAUUCAACGUGUGGAAAAUAGUUGAGACAACCAAUGAAUGCACAUCGGCAACCCUCCCUAAACUCAAUGCACACACUGCACCGAGUUCACUACUGAUUUAAACAACGAGAACCAAAAGCAAGCAUAGCAACUAAGCUUUACUGAACGAUAUGAUGAUGAUGAUGAUGUCCCAGAAAUGUAAAUUUUAAACAUAUUAACACACAAAACCUUGCAUGGAUGCCGCUUUCCCCACUGGAUACGUCUCGAGUGAUACUCAUAUAUUUAUACAUUUUGUUGUACAUAUUGUUCGUUACAAUGAUAAAGUUAUCGCUCCCCCCAUACUACCAGCUCGUUGAACACGUUUUGUAUGACUUAGAACAAGUUUUGUAUGACAUAUUUUAAACACUUAACAUGGAUUUGCAUUUAAACGAAUAAAACAUAAAGCAUGCGCCUGUUCGGCAUUAAUGGCAAAGUUUUAUGAAAAUAAAAGAAGGAUCGAAGUAAAUAAUUUUUAAUGAUGUAGUAACAAAACAUUAGAGGCUAGCAAAUUGAUGGCCGUCAUCGUACAAACAAAACAUAUUUAAAGAAUUUUUUAUGUAUAACAAGUUUAGUUAAUUUAUCGAUCGCAAUCGUAUUUAUUGAGUACUAUUCUAUUCUAUUCCUUUUAAAAAUAAAUUAAAAUUGGAGUUUGGAUUAGAUUAAUAAACGUUGUGUCUGUUCUUAAUUAAAGUUACGCUCUUGACAGGAAAACCCCACCUAUUCCACCCAUAUACAGAACAAUGGCUCUUUUAUCUAAUUUUGUUAAAGAUUAAUUAAUAGCUAUUUUUUAAAUAGAACAUACAAUCCAAAUAAAUUACCGAUUUACUACUUAUAGAUUCUCAGAUAUAGGUUAUCGGAUUGAUUACCAAAACUUCAAAUCAACCUAUUCAAUUACCUAUUUGGUCAAACAAAACAACUCUGAUGAAAAGAUUAAUAAUAUGAGUGUUUUUAAAUAUUAGUUAAAUAUUAGGUUUGUAACAUUUAAUAAGGUGCUCCACGUAUCAUCUUAAAAUGUGUGUGAAAAAUAUAUUUGUUUUAAAUCAUAAUUUUACAGUUAGUAUAGAGUUUCCAACAACAAUAUUAGUUUCAUUACUAGUUUCACCAGUUAAAGAGAUUUUAUUUAUCAUUCUUACAGUACACACCCCCGUACACUGUAGGUUUAUCGAUAAGGUCAAGUUAGUAUUUACAAUAACAACUACAAAAAACAUGAAUACCAAGACCUGUAACAAAAAUAAUUGAUCACGAAACUCGCUUUGCAAAAAAAAACUUAACAACAAAAAACAAAACAUCUUAACAUCGUGUGCCAUUGAUUAACACAAACACUCUAAACAACAAAACAAAAAAAGAAUCACUAGAAAGCUUGCAUAAUUGACACCCGUUUGAACGACACCUUAUAAAGAACACUAAGAUAAAAAUGAAAAUAACUUUAACUGAAAUGUCCCUCUAAAACAUAUGUGUAUAUGUGUGUGUGUUAUCGAUGGAACUGUCGUAGUAGUAAACUAACUAAAAAACGCAACCAAAUUACAUGCAUGCCUGUCGUUUAAAAUCUGUCUCGAAUAAAUUCAACUCUGGUGAAAUUAAAACUGUGUAGCGUAUAGGCAAGAGUAACAUUUCUGCCCUCCGUGGCUAGCUAAUUAAGUGAAUGCGUAGUCUAACUGAAAACAUGCAAACAUGUGUCGUGCGGUUAAAUUUUAAACACUACCUAGGCGGGCAGUUUACAGUAACGAACUACUAAAUAAAUCUCUCAAUGUCGCAACAAUAAACCAAAGAACAAAUUAAAUUAUUGAACCUCAUGAUGAUUAUAACACGCCGGAAGGAAAAGGGUCAUUGAUAAUGGUCAUGACUUACAGUAUGGCACCAAAGCAUACGCAGCUGAACGAAGCGCAACAUAAGGCAAUACUUAAAUGGAAAGGCCCAAAAACCAGGACAAACGCACCGGUAAAUCGUAACAACCAACACUAAACGAUGCAUCUAAAUGCUAAAUAACUCAACAUUUCCGAUCGCAAAACUUUAAACUAGUCGCGUAAAUAUUUAAAUUUAAAUGUCAAUUAUCGUUAAGCAAACCAUGCAAUCCUGUGUCCUGUAAACAUCACUCUAUGCAACGAUUUGCACGCGUGAGGAGUAAUUUAAAAUAAAUAAAAAAAAAACAUACACUUAUCCAAAUGACCACAGCGUACGGGAAAGGGCAAAACAGAUCUAGUGGAUGCACUUUUAAUACCUUGACAUGCACAGUUAAAUUUGAAAUUUUAGCCUCCAGCUCUAAUGCAGGUUAAAAGCAGCACCAGAGCAAACAAAAGCGGUAUAAAUAAAACAUAAGUUGAUCUUGCUUAACACAGCAUACCGGCCCACAAGGCAAAGCUAAGAUAGCGAACCACACGAUAAACUAGAACAACUCUUCAUAUGUAUGUUUGUGUAUGUGUACGUGUACGUGUAAGUGUACUACAUGUAAGCAUUAAUAAACAAAGCAACAUCCAUUGCGACGAAGCAGGUCUGGGUGCUGCGUAAAACGGUAACGAGAAAGGCGCAUAAAACAAAAGCUCCAGAACACUUCAUUAAAAUUUCCUAUUUCGUGCAACAAUGAGAACACAGUUUUGCUAAACGGUUUGAGAUGAUGAUGAUUAAAGAAACAAUACACACAGCCGGUUCCAAAUGGGACCGCACACGAUGUUCCACGAUGCUUCCCCACAGGUCUUCUCCAUCGGAUACAAAAUGUCGAUACAAAUUUUGGAGCGUUUUAUAGCGGGGAAUGAGCGUGAAUGGUAGAAUUUCGUGUGUGGAAAGCAUUCGAACAGCGUGAGAAAACUCAACGGUGAAUCCAGUUUUAAUUUAGUUUUAAAAGAAUCACACAAUUACACCGCUGAGUUUCGAAAUCGAAUAAAAGAAAGUCACGUAUUCCCAUCCCAAACUGCUUGUGAUGGAGAAGCGGAACAGUUGAAACCGUGCAUCGGUACGAAAAGAUGAAAAGAGAGGAAAGGACGUGAAACGCGCGCAAAAACAAAUGUAAGCUUAAACCAAUAAUUACGAUGGAAGUGAGUUUUUCCCAAAAUAAAUGAAGCACUUUCGAAUGAGACAAGUAAGCAGCAACAGUA